CCAACAUUAUAGUAAGUAAAUAUACCAUAUUUCUUCAUUACUUACGUAAUGCUAGGACGAUUUGUGUAGUUUUGGGCCGAUUUGGGUAAUUCUGUGGACCGGUGUGGGGUAUGUUGAGUAAACAAGUGUUGUUGGCGGGCAUCUUGAGUAAAACAUCCGCUGUAUUCGCUAAGGACAUCAGCUGUAGGCGCCUUUGGACAGGUGUUGGAAGGAAUAUGGCUUCCCAGAAAACAAUUAAAAGCUUCUUUCAACCUAUCUUGAAGCGGAAAAGUAAAGAUGUUGAGGGAAAUGAAAUCAAGAAGACAAAGAAAAGUGAGGAAAUUCAUUCAUCCAGUGAUAUUACCAGAACUCCACCAAAAAAUCCCGAUAACAAGCCACAGCUCAACAUGACUCCAGAGCAGAAAGAACGAAUGAUGCAUAAUAAAUUGAAGGCAGAGAUAAAAAAACAAUGUAAUCAAACUCCAGCUUUGCAUGACAAUAUCGGCCAUAGUUGGUACGUUGCCCUGAAACCCCAGUUCGUUCAGCCAUACUUUACAAAGCUGAGCACAUUUUUGGUCCAAGAGCGCAACAAAGCAACUAUUUACCCACCAGAAAAUGAGGUUUUUUCGUGGACUCAUCAUUGCAAAUUGGAGGAUAUCAAAGUGGUUAUUCUAGGACAGGAUCCAUAUCAUGGUCCACGACAAGCACAUGGGCUCUGUUUCAGUGUUCAGCUUGGUGUUCAACCACCACCAAGUUUGAUUAACAUGUAUAAGGAACUGGAGUCGGACAUUCCGGGAUUUGAGCGCCCAUCACACGGGUAUUUGCUGGGGUGGGCAAAGCAAGGUGUCUUGCUACUCAAUGCAUGUUUGACCGUACAAGCCCACAAAGCUAAUUCGCACAAGGAUCAUGGCUGGGAAAAGUUUACCGAUUGUGUCAUUAAAACAAUAUCAGAUAGCAACAAAGGUGUUGUUUUCCUGUUGUGGGGUUCAUAUGCACAGAAGAAAGCUGUUGUUGUUGAUAAAAAGAAGCAUCAUCUACUAAAUGCUCCACAUCCUUCACCACUGUCUGCACAUCGGGGAUUCCUGGGCUGCAAGCACUUCUCUAAAUGUAAUGAACUUCUUAAAAAGGGUGGGAAGAAGCCAGUUGAUUGGUCAUAUUUACCAGAAAAACUUUAACCCCUGGGUUAAUGUGAUUGGGUAUAAAUAGCACUAACUGAUACUUGUACUGUACUUGCCAUCUGUACUUCCUUUAACCUUCUUACAAGAUUUACAGAAAUUAUCAUGCAUGUAAAAUGUAUAGAUUUAAUAAAGGACGCUGCUGCUAUUGCAUUAUUCACUUUUAUUAAAAAAAAAUUUAAAUAAGAAAUCAUAUUUGGUCUUUUACACCCACUCGUAUGGUCCUGAAGAUACAUCAACAAGAGUGCAGAAUUUAUAUUAUUUGUAAGAUUUAUAAAUGGACUGCAUUAAAUUCUGUUUUUGUGAAAUGGGGAAUGAAGAAUAAAACAAUUUCUGAAGGCUGAUAUUUGCCUUUAAAACACAAUGAUUAUUAAAAAUUUUGUGUUAUAGUCCAUUAUAACAAAAGUUAACACAUUUAAGCUUUUAAGUUAUGUAAGUUACUUUGACGUGUGUGUUUGAAUAUAUCUUUACAGUGAACACAAACAAAUAUUUGAAGUACUUGAUUUAGAUACAGGUAUUAGAUUUUAGAAGUGCCUUAAAAUAUUCUAUGGGUGUACAAUCAAUUCUAUUUACAAAUCUAUUUUUUUUUUCAACAAGGAAUAUAUUUUUUAGCACAAUAUAUCAUGUUGCUUCACCCAGCUUAAAAUUCUGAUUCCUAUGAAAUGCUGUUUACGAAGCCAAACUGGCUUAGGUUGUCAGUUAAAGGAAUAUUCCUUGAGUACUGUAAUUGUUUCAGGCAUCCAUCUUGUUCAAUUUUAAGAUCUGUUGUACAAAAUAUAAUCUUUAUUGUCAUUUUACCAGAAAUCUCAGGAGUAGUUUGAUUUAAGUUUCCAUAAAUGAUCUUGAAUUCUAUAUAUUUUUGUUUUGUUUUAUUCAAAAUACAGUAUUGUGCUCUGCAUUGGAUACAUUUGAUGGAUAUAGCUGCUUAAUGAUAAUUUGCAUUGCAAUUCUCAUGUCCAUGAAUGUUCUCUGUGACACAAAAUUGAAAUUUGUAUGUAAUUAGACUAUCAGCUGUCA